AUGCACUCGCCGAUGCGCUGCGACUCCCUUGGAGCUCCCACGAAGAAACAAUGCGAGGACAUCCUGAAACAGCACGCUCUACCGAGCAAGCCUCGCGCCUAUGUCCAGAUCAUUGACGAUUGGAAGAGGCAUGAGUGGGCUCACUCUGGUGGGCCCCCCGACACCGCACUCCAAGACGUUGUCACGAACAACCUUUCGGAGCAAACCAAUUCGGCGGUUGGUGUCGAGGCUAGGAAGCUACCGCCACUGGAGCUGAUGAGGAGCAUCCUCGCUGAUACCGCCAAGAAGUUCGCCAACCGUUCCAACCUCGGCAAUGGCACAUGGACACCCUAUGCUGUCGCGACGUUCGAAGAGCAGAGGAAGAAGUCCGCCGGGUAAGUGACAAGAGUGGAGAAUGAACGGCCGCGUUUGGGUUUUUCUGUGUAUGGGUACGUCCUCUUGUGGUUUCGAAGAGACAACCUAGUUCCUGGAGGACUUUCCUGUACUUGCACGGACGGGUGGUGGGUUGCCAACGGGUGGGUGUCCCAUGACAUGUUUCGAGGUGCACGCACGCCGCCGAGAUUCACAUGUACUCACAUGCACGCCUUUGCCACGCGACGUUCAUUGUUCCAGGCUCGUCGCCUCCCUCACGGGCAACCAGUUCUACACGGUCGAGAACACCAACCUCGCCACCCUCAACACCCGCGGCAACAGGGUCCUGCUGAGGUGGGGCGAGCCGGGGCAGAAGACGGAGUGGUCCUGCACAUGCGGGUUCCCCGCGAGAUUCCAGAUCCCUUGCUGCGACGUCAUUGCCGUGGCUAGAGCACUCUGUGAGUGUGUUGUUGCGGAAUCGAUCGGAUCACUUGCGUGCUUUUUCGCGUGUUCACACGGCAAACCUGUUGUUGCGCUGCAUGCUCUGUCUCUGUCCUCUUGUCAUUGUGGCGGGUUUUUUGUUUUCUGUGUGUCUGUGCAUUUUAGUUGUUUCCUGCGUGUUUUUUUUUUUAUCUCUUUUGUCCUGUCUUCCCCGGAUAGUGUAUUUUCUCUAUCUUUGUGGAGUACCAAGAUUGAACCAGGGGAUGAACUACAAUAUCUGGCCUUUGAUUAUACCUUGUUUUAGGCAGCGUAGCCUGUGACCAGGGGAAUCGCUCGGUCAAGUGUUUGAUGACACAAGAAAUAAGCGAUCUACGUUCGCGCACUUCCAGUUGAACGAA